CAUAAGUAUGUGUUUUUGCAGUAGAAAUAUAUUUAAAUGCUGCAAACAUCAUUCACAUCCAUUAGGAUAUGUCACAAUAUGUACAAAGUACUUCUGCUCAUUCUGCUUUUUCAAAAGAAUUCAACGGCGAACCCUGAUAGAUGUCAAGUCAAGAAACGUGAAUGUUAUGAUCCUGCUUCCCGUUUUUACUACGAUCCAAUGCAGAACAAAUGUGUGAGAUAUCUUUUAAGGGAGUGUGCCGACAAUUUGAAUUCUUUCCACAGUAGAAGUUUAUGCAAACAGCAGUGUGUAAAGAUUCUGAAACCAACUACAAGCACCACUCCUAAUGGCAAUGAAACUCAACUACCGAAUACCACUAGUGGUAUUUAUUUAAGUUUCUUCGACGUGAGUUUGUAUAUUCUGCAUUUCGAUCGACAUUAUCGUCAAUUUUCUGCCUAAUACACGCCAUCCGAUCCGAGUUGUGGAUAAAGCUGAUAAGCUCAUCCUGAUAAUCAUUUUGUCUGCUGUUGUCUGCGGCGUGUUCGUCGGGUUGAUAUAUUUACUUUAAUUAUUUCCUGCUCAACUGAAAUUCAUGACACUUUCAAACAAUCGCUAUCAAUUAUGUAGUAUGCACAAAUCUUUGCAAAUACCUGUUGACUUGUAAUGUUAAUUCCGU